AGUUAACUCAAGCUAAAAUACAAGUGGCUAUUAAGGUUUUUGACCUUGGUAUGAAAUGUGCAGACAGAAGUUUUGUAACAGAAUGCGAGGUUUUGAGUAGAAUUCGGCACAGGAACCUUGUACCUAUCCUAACUGCAUGUUCGACAAUAGAAAUAGUGGUGACGCUGUCAAAGCUCUAGUUUACGAAUUCAUGCCUAAUGGGAAUUUGGACACAUGGUUGCACAACACAUUCUCGGGUAGUUCUUCGAAAUGUUUGUGCUUAGCUCAAAGAGUAGACAUAGCCAUCAAUAUAGCCAAUGCGCUGGCUUAUUUACACAAUGAUUGUGAAAGGCAGAUUGUACAUUGUGAUCUGAAGCCAACAAAUGUCCUACUUGACGAUGAUAUGAAUGCUUAUUUGGGAGACUUCGGCAUUGCAAGCCUCAUCGGACAUUCAAGCUUAGUCACCUCAACUGGGCUAAAGGGAACAAUAGGGUACAUAGCUCUAGAGUAUGCUCAAAGUGGCCAGGCAUCAAUCCAUGGGGAUGUUUACAGUUUUGGAAUAGUACUCCUGGAGAUGCUCAUUGGCAAAAGACCGACAGACCCUAUGUUUGAGAAUGAAAUCAACAUGGUUAACUUUGUGGAGAGGAACUAUCCAGAUAAGAUAAUACAUAUUAUUGAUGCACGCCUGCGUGGAGAAUGCAAGGGCUAUAUCCAAGCGAACAUUGGAACAGAAAUGCGGCAUAUGAUGCCAGUUUGUCACUCAUGCAAGUCGCUCUUUCCUGUACAUGUCAAAUCCCAAGGGAAUGCAUGAACAUAAGAGAAGUAACCAAUAAGUUGCAUUCAA